AUGCUUAUCGCCAUGACCCCUGAUUCGCCCUUGGCAGGUGAACGUGGGUCGCCCCACUCCGACUUAGCGCCUCCGCCUCCGAUUGCACCGUCCUCGUCGUCAUCACGCAUCCAGAUCCCCAGGUCCCCAGGUUCCCACAUUGCAUUCUGCGACAGCGCCCAUCACGCCGACUUCCGACCCGUCUACACCACCUACGAACGCCCCUUAGAUCCUUUGGACACCCCAAUACCUAUCAUCAUGGCUUCUUCAUCGACGCCUAUCACCCCGUUGCUCUACUCGUGCAUAGCGCACAACAACACCAUCCUCAGCGAAUGCACCACAUCGGCCGUAUCGCAAACCUCUUCCCUCGCCUCCGUCAUCCUCCCCAAAAUCGAGCACAACACCCCCCAGAAGCUGACCUACACCCACGGCUCGCACCACAUCCACUACAUCGCUGAGGCGCCCUCCGAUCACCCAGACCACCCCUCCGCCGGCGGCCUCACCUUCCUCGUCAUCGCCGACGCCUCGCUGGGCCGCCGCAUCCCCUUUGGUUUCCUCUUUGAGAUCCGCCGCCGCUUCCUCGAGCAGUUCCCCGCCGAGACGACCGAUUACGCCGAGCUGCCCAACUACGGCGCCGCCAGCUACAAUGGCCAGCUCAAGAAGUUCAUGGUCGACUUCGGCACCACCAACGGCGGCAAGGACGACGCAAUCUCCAACGUCCAGCGCGAGAUCGACGAUGUCCGGGGCAUCAUGACGCGCAAUAUCGAGGGCUUGCUCGAGAGGGGCGAGCGCAUCGACUUGCUCGUCGACAAGACGGACCGUCUCGGCGGCAGCGCGCGCGAGUUCCGCGUCCGCAGCCGCGGUCUCAAGAGAAAGAUGUGGUGGAAGAACGUCAAGCUGAUGGCGCUCCUCACGCUGGUCGUGGUGCUCAUCGUACUCGCCAUUGUGAUUGCGGUGAAGAACUAA